AUGAAUGGCGACGUCAACACCUCAGCAGCGACUAGAACAACCUUGAACAAACGAGAGAGCCACAUGCUCCACAUUAUGAGGGCAGCUGACCCAUUUGACAAUCAGAUUCUUUGCAGAAAGAUCUGUGUGGUUGAGGAAUGGGAUUGGCGCUAUCGUUACGACGAAGUAAGUGGUGGUGCCGCAGAGCCUCGCCUGCGUGGACCGGACCGCCUGAUCCAGCAUGUCGCUGCCGCGGCCGCAGCACUGGAUGGCAUCGAUCUCGAGGAGGUCAGAAGCGAUGUUGAACCCAGGAGGAGAAUGCGCGAUUGGCUCAUCGUCACCAAGAAAAUCCGGCAGCCAUGGGAAAACAGGGCCAGCCUCCUUGCAUCCCCCGUCCCUCCUAACGCUGGCCUUCCGCCCCCGGAAAUGUGGCAUCUCUUCGGAUCUCCGCAGAUUUUCGCCCGACGAGCCAGGAUGAGAAAAGUGAAUCCCAAGGAACUCAAGGCUCUGCUCUUCCUACGAGAGAUCAUUUCUCAACGCUGGGUACUGAAGACCAAGGGCAUCGUGCUUAACGAUUCGUUCUACGAAACUCAGCGGAGGGCCGGCCUCUGGGACUGGGCGCUGGAGUGUUAUGACGGGUUGCUGAGGGUUUGGCAGUUUCAGAACCAGAAGAAGCCUGUGGGAUACUUGAAGAGGAAGUAA